ACACAAAGGCUACCUUUAGUUUUUUAGUGUAAAAUACGUUUAUCUUCUUAAAGCCUGACAGACAUUUGUCGGAUGUAAAAAUCCUACUGACACUACGGCGGCCGCUAUGGACCAUUGUGAAGCGAAGGAUAAAUCAGUUCAGAGCAGAUUAUGACUGUUAGCAGAUAAUUAGCUUCAACUAAACUGCCAAUUACUGAAUUGUGUUUUUAAUCGUUGCUCCGCAGUCAAUUCAUGUCGGUAGAACCUGCUGUUUGCCGUUAGCUGUUAGCCGUUAGCUCGGAGCGGCUAGCUGUUAGCUCCACGGCUAUUGAAUGAAUUAACACGGAGGCUACUCUAACUACCGGAGCUGCUUAGUGCUUCAUUAUCUCCCGUUAAAGUGCCUCUGGUACCACUGAACAGUCUGUCCGGUACCGGUACCGGUGAGCUCCGGUGCUUCUGUUGUUAGCGCGGUGUUAAGCUAGCUGGAUGCUAACGGUCAGUCUGGGAUGGAAACGGCAGAGUUACCGGAGACACAAGUCGAGCGUGCAAAGACGUUCUGGGCUGAGGAGGACGUGGACCAGGCGUUUGACGGGUUCUUUGUGUACGUGGACCACCUGAAGAGGGUUCUGAAGGCCCACACGGCCACAGACAAAGAGUAUGUCCAGGCGCUGCGGCUGUUGGAGUGUCUGGCGGGUUCGUCCUCGACGUCUCCAGCAGAUCAGGACUCCUCGGUGGUCCAGGUGGUCAUCGGCUCAGAUGAGCUGCUGCCGGCUCAGUUCUCCCACAACAGCCCCGCCUCUGAUGGAACCCAAAGCUCUGCAGCGCCACCUGCCGGCCAGGACGAAUUACUGCCACCUCUGCUGCCAGAACAGCUGCAGUACCAGCUGCACACCUGCUGCAAGACCUGCCUUCCCAGUUUACCCAGCAUGCCUCAGUCCACGCCUCCGUUCUGGGGUCAGAACCCACUGAAGGUUCCGCUGCUCUGUGGGUUUAAAAGGCUGAGUGCCGUUCCGCUAUCAUCGCCAGGAGGGGGCGGAGCCAGCGAGGACGAGGGCGACCAAUACGACUGGGACGUCAUCUACAAAGCACCGUGUGGACAGAGUCUACGUAACUAUGACGACGUGAUGCGUUUCCUGUUGGCAACAGAGAGCUACGAUGUCCUGCAGAUGGACUUCUUCACCUUCAGCGCCGCCGUCCGAUUGGACCCGCCCCCGAUGGCGGGCCCUCGGCGCCCGGAGCAGGACCUGAGCCGGGGGGCGGAGCCGACGCCGGUGGAGCUCUGCGUCGGGGACGGUGGCGUCCGGCCGGCAGAGUUUAGGUACCGGAAGGACCGCUGGCCACACGGCUGCUUCCUGAGCCGCGGCCCGGCGCUGUUCCAUGACUGCUGCGACUGUCGAGACGGCUGCAACGAUGCAAGCAGCUGCGCCUGCAUCGCCAUGACCACCGGGGGGCGCCACUACAACCACCACAGGCUGCUGGAACCAGUGCUGUCAGGGCUCUAUGAAUGCGGUCCGUGGUGUGGCUGUGACCGGUCUCGUUGUCAGAACCGGCUGGUCCAGCGAGGGGUCCGGGUUCGGCUGCAGGUCUUCCAGACUCCGGACCGUGGUUGGGGUGUCCGUUGCCGUGACGACCUGGACCGCGGCACCUUCGUGUGCGUCUACGCCGGCGUGGUGCUGCAGCGAGUCCCCACUCCCACCGAGCCGCCACCGCCCAAGCUGACCCGGGCCGACCUGCCAUCGGACGACGAGGUGGAGGUGGUGACAGAGUGGCUGGCCCCACCGGUGUUGGAGGGGCGGAGCAACCUGCUGGAGACCCCGCCCCCACCCACAUCCCCGCCCACCUCACUGCCGCUGCAUGUCCCCGUCAUCCAGAGACAUGCUGAUGCCGCCGCCGUGCCUCAGGACCGGGACAAGUUUCAGAUGGUUUUGGUGGGAGGAGCCGAGCCGACGCCUCCUUCAGCAGGUGACCAGAACCAGAAGGUUUCCAUGACAACGUUGCUGCAGGUCAGAACGACAACGAACAUCCAGAAAGACUUAAAGAGGACGAUGGACGACGUGUGUCUGAUCGACGCCAGCAGGGAGGGCAACGUGGGCCGCUUCAUCAACCACAGCUGCCAGCCCAACCUGUUCGUGCAGAACGUCUUCACGGAUUCCCAUGACCCCUCCUUCCCUGUCGUGGCGUUCUUCACCAGCAGGGCGGUGGUGGCUGGCACUGAGCUCACCUGGGACUACGGCUCCGACUCGCCCGCCUCGUCGCCGUGGCAACAGGAAGCGGUUUGUCUGUGCGGCGCUGACGGCUGCAGACAGAGGUUCACCAUCCAGGAGAAGCUGUGUGACGUCUGCAACGCUCAGACGGAGGCUCAGUGAGGUUUAUAUCCAGACCACUGAUUUAUUAGCAAACUUUGUAAUAAACAGUAAAAUCAGA